AUGCUGGACGGCGGGCGGGCUGGGGCUGGGGCUGGGACCGCGAGGACUGCAUCGUCGACAAUGACUACGUCGUCGAUUGCAUCGGCUAGCUCUUCGGCUGGCGCGCCGACGAGCUCGUCGUCUGCUGUUGCGAGACAUGGGGCCGGAUCAUCAUCACGGCGGCCGGCUACAGGGGGGACUCCUCGACCGGGAAAGGGGCUGGUGGUACCAGAGGCGGUGGCUGCGGUGGCAUCGCGCGUGGUAGCGGUCUCACAAAACUUGUCAUCGCAGCCAGAGCACUACAAUCCACUGCUGCUGGAAAGUCAUUUGCUGAAGAAGAUCAUGGAGGCACACGCCGAGAUGGCGGCUGCGGUUGCGUCGGCGGUGGCCGAGGGCGCGCCCAAGCCGGUGCUGGAGAUCGAGGCCAAGCUUGGCUUCCUUGCCCUCAAGACGCUGCCGGACUCGCGAAUCAACAUCGGUGUAGGUGUCAAGGGUGAGAUGAUGCUCGACGACUCGCGAGUCAUGUUCAACUCGACGGUCGCCUCGGUCUUUGACCGGUUCAAGAACCUGUUUAACCGGCUGGUCGGCUCGGGCAAGCUCACCCGGUAUCACAAAAAGAGCAUCGACCGCAAGUUUGAGCUGCGGCCGGGUGGGCCCAAAGCACGGGCGUCGUUUGACAUCGACCCCGUGCGCGGCCUGGCCUCGCGGCCGUCAUCCGUCAUCCGCAAGAAGCGGCUCGGCGACAUCGACGUGUGGUGCCCGUCAGCAGGCUUCGACCUCCGCAUCUCGACCUCAUCCGAGACCGCCCUCCCGCCCGAGACUGUCUCGGAGGCGACCCAGUUUGUGGCCCGCGACAGGCGCGAGAAAGAGCGUCGGACGUACACUUUUGGCGCGUGGCGCAUCGACCUGACUGAGGUCAAGUACGCAUCCGGAAACGUCUGCCGCGAGCUCGAGGUUGAGAUUGUCGACACCGACUUGCUCUCCGACGCCAUUGCCGCCUUUGCGCAGGGCUAUCCUUCGCCGCUCUUCUCGCUUGUCUCCAAGUUUAUGCAUGUUGUCCGUCAGCUCGCGUGCAUCAUGGACAUUCAGGUCGGCGACGCAGCGCCUCAGACCGCCGAUGGCUCUGGCCGCGGCUAG